GAUGACUAUUUAGAAGAGUUUACUCGAGUAUCUCCCGGAGUGAUCCGCUCUCACGCCACCCACUCCUUCCGAUUCGGACAAAACUCUCUGAAUAUUCCCAUAGUUAUCGACCAAACCAUCACUUACGAGGAAUGCCAAUACGCACCGGUAGAUGAGAAACUGUCGACACUACAGCUAAAUGUGGCCCGAAAUUACAUUGUUUAUGAUAGUAAAGAACAGAUUGUCAGAUAUGCGUCUACCAGUAAAACGGCAUUCCUGUCCGCUGACGACCCGUGUAGGACUGGUAACGCUCAGUGUGGAACUCAUAGUAGUUGUGUAGUGGAUGGCUUAAGUUUUAAAUGUAUUUGUGACCGAGGAUAUCACACUGAUUACGUAACUGAUGCUCAAAAUGGGUUAAGACCAUCCAGACAGGUUAUCCAGACAGAGCUAAGACAUUGUAUAGAUACUAAUGAAUGCAGUUCUGGAAGACAUACGUGUCAUUCAUACGCCGAUUGUAUAAAUACCGACGGCUCUUACUUAUGUCGAUGCAAAGCUGGAUAUUCUGGCGAUGGAUAUCACUGUCAAACGGAAGAGACGUGUGACCAGACGUGCGGCACAAACGCUCAAUGCGUUCAUUUGGAGCAAAGAAGGCCUGAA